GAAAUAAGAAUAGAGCAGACGGACUGAGUCGAGUCGACUGGGACAAAAAUAAUCAAGGAGUAAUCGAGGAUAUUCCGCCAGUCGACGAGUUUCUGGACACUGAGGAGGAUGUGAGACUUCACAUCAACUCCUGGUCGAUGGCCGUGGGUAACUACGUUACUCCUGGGCAACCUGUGUGGCUCUCGCCUCCAGGACAUGUACGGCGGCCAUACCUAGUCCUUAAGCCUUUCAUCGAAGAGGAAUCGUGGGGGUUGCCAAACGUGCAGUGGAUGAUGGAUCUGGCCUUAGCAGACAAAUACCAGUUGCACGAAGACCUACUCACGAUGGAAAAUGGGGCACAACAGGUAGAAGGGCACGAAAGGUCGAUAGGUGGGAUAUACCUCUUGGCAAACGCUCUGCUUCAAGACGAGGUGGCAAGGAUCGGGGAUCAGCGGCAAGGUGAGAAUGCGAAUGUAAUCCACGAAGGAGAGGACGACGAUUUUGAGGAGGGAGAGAUAAAAGAGGCUUUUCGCAAGGAGGAGUAUGACGGGAUAUAUCUGGAGUUAGGAAUGCUCCUUUUGUGCGAAAAGAGAGAAAGGGAUGCAUGCGAGAAAGUCCUCAAGGGACGGCCAUCUGUUUAUGAGGAGUAAAGGGAGGAGACCCAGAAGGGUGGUUUGUGGCGUAAACCGUCAGAUCGAUGUUAUGGCAGCCCGUCAUGACGGGACGACAGGUGGCCAUAGGAGUGCGGAUGCGACAUACUUAAAGAUUCACGACUUGUAUUACUAGGAUGGCAUGAGACACAUGAUCGAGAAGUAUUGUAAGUCUUGUGUACCGUGUCAGGAGCGUUCCUCCCUUAGGCCAAGGGAGCCGCUUCACCCAAG